GAACGCGAAAAGUGCCUCUUUCCCGCUACCAAUCAGAAGUGGGGACAGCGGUGUUGAUUUGAACUUCCACUUUUCUAUGGGGCUCAGCUAAGUAAUCAGUUUUUGGGCAGAGUUAAACGAUUGGGUCGAAAAAUUAACUGAUGUUGCAUCCAGGAGACGAAAUAAUAACUGUGGAAUGAAAAAUGUUUAUUUUUCCCGUUACGAAGUUUCCGGUCAAGUUUCCAGCCGAGAGGGACGGAUUGCAUCGUCCGGUUUAAAUUGCGACAAAAUCUGAACCUGGCGUCCGACAUCGCCGAUGAUUAAAACAAAAUGGAUUUGAGUUUUGUGCAACGGAAACAAGAGCAUCGAUUAAUAUCGGCUCUUGUUCGUUGUCGUUUCGGAUGGUUAUCAGUCUUCCAUUAGAUUAUUUUAUCGACAGAAUGUUCGAAUAAGCCCGUCCACAUUGCUGACGUGCUAUUACUUAGAAUGUUUAAGUGCGCGGAUUUGAAUGAAAAUUAGUCGAAGGCAGUGCGCGAUGGCGUCGCCUCCCGGGCACCGUCGCAAAUUCACCAUCCCGUGACGUCAUGAAAGCGUCACGUAUCCCAAGCCUCGCGACGUUUCCUCCUCACGUGAAACCAUUGAAUAAAAAUUCGACCAGCGUCCGCGUCUUGUACGCUAGCUGUCUCGUGGUGGUCGCUUUCCUUGUGACGGAGAGCGGGGCUGGAUCGCUUCUGGUCCACAAGUACAGCACGAGGGUGGUCAAGACCAAAUACGGCAUGCUGAGGGGGGUCAUGAUCCACAUUCAUCCCCCCGUUGAAGCUUUCUUAGGAGUACCUUACGCCACUCCCCCAAUUGGUAGCCUUCGGUACAUGCCACCGGUAACGCCCUCUUUAUGGAAGAACACGAGACUGGCCGAUAGAUUCGGAGCUGUGUGCCCUCAACGACCUCCGGAUAUAGGUAAUCGAUCAGAAGCCUUGCUCGAAUUUCCACGAGGUCGUCUCUACUACCUGGAGAAACUCCUGCCCUUUUUAGUCAACCAGAGUGAAGAUUGCCUCUACCUUAAUGUCUACGUACCAAGAACCGCAAGUGGCGACGAAGAACCAAACCUGUUGCCUUGCGUGGUUUACGUGCAUGGAGAGAGUUUCGAAUGGAAUUCUGGCAAUCCUUACGAUGGAACAGUGCUUGCAUCCUCAGGGAAAGUCAUCGUAGUGACUAUUAAUUUCAGAUUAGGCGUUUUAGGUUUCCUUAAAACGGGGGCGAAGGGUAGCGCGCAGGGAAACUUCGGAUUGAUGGAUCUCGUCGCGGGGUUGCAUUGGCUCAGGGAAAACUUACCGGCCUUCGGGGGAGACCCCGAGCGAAUUACUCUCAUGGGACAUAGUUCCGGUGCUGCCUUAGUCAACUUCAUUGCUGUCUCUCCAGUGGCAAAAGAUCUCCUACAUCGGGUGAUAUUGUUUAGUGGAUCCGCUCUAAGUCCGUGGGCAAUUCAGAAAGACCCGCUUUGGAUCAAACGAAACGUCGCGAAGCAUACAGGUUGCCACGGCGAUUUGUAUGAGGAUGAUAUGGCCCCUUGUCUAAGACUGAAAUCUCUCAAUCACUUGCUUAACGUUAAAGUGGACACCCCCAGGUUUCUAGCAGGUUUCGCACCGUUCGUCGAUGGCACAAUCCUCGUGAACCCCACUUAUGCCCCACCGGGUGGAUCGUCAGCGACGAUAGCAACAUCUCCAGGUUACGAGUGGGCAGAUUUUUCCGAACGCGGCCUAAUGUUCGGCCUUACGAGCACGGAAUCGUAUUUGGACUUGAACGCCCAGGACUUAGAGUUCGGUUUCAACGAAUCGAAACGUGAUCGUGUUUUGAGAACGUACGUGCGAAAUUCGUAUUAUUUUCAUCUGAACGAGAUCUUUUCGACGCUAAAAAACGAAUACACGGACUGGGAGAAACCGAGUCAGAACCCUUUGAGUGUGCGUGACGCGACUCUGGACGUGUUGAGUGACGGUCACACUGUCGCGCCCCUGAUGCGAGUAGGGUACUUGCACGCGUUGGGAGGAGGCAAAACUUUUUUUCUCCACUUCCAACAUCAUUCGGGGGAGAGAGAUCUACCGAUGAGAGCUAGCAGCGUGCGCGGAGAAGAUUUGCCUUAUAUACUGGGAUUGCCUUUGAUAGGCGGCGGUCCUUUUUUUCCGCACAAUUACAGCCACGGCGACGUCGGAGUCUCCAAAACGCUUAUACAAUACAUCAGCAAUUUUAUCAAAAGUGGGGACCCCAACGGUGGCGUCCCCAAUGCGCCAGCGUCGAAAUCGCACAACUCACAACUCGUUAAUGGUGACAGCAAUAAUGUGGAUGACCAUCCACCUUAUUGGGAUGCGUACGAUACCAUCAACCAAUUUUAUUUGGAAUUGGGUAAUCGCCCGGAGAUGAAAAAUCACUAUCGUGGUCAUAAGAUGUCACUGUGGCUGAACUUAAUACCACAGCUUCAUCAGCCGGGCGACGCAGAUGAAGUGUCCAUGAGACACCACCAUUUUCAAGAAGAAGACGACCAAUAUUAUGACGGUUUCGUUAGACCUCAGACCAAAGAGAGACCACCGUUGUUCCACUUCAGUCCGUUUCCAUCACCCUCGGUGGUCGUCGCACGCUCCUCGAUGGCCACCGCAGCACCAACACCAUCUCCCCCCAAAUCCGACACGGCUCUCCAAGCGACCACCACCGAGUGUCCCCCCAACACGACAAUACUCUUCCAAAACAAGAACUCCAAUAAUUUACUCAGAAAACUGGCUUCCAGUCACUAUCAAUCAUACACCACUGCCUUAACGGUCACAAUAGCAGUGGGCUGUUUUCUGCUUCUGCUAAAUAUACUGAUUUUCGUGGGUAUUUACCAUCAGAGAGAUCAGGGGAAGAGUAAACAGAAACUUAAAGAAGAUUCCACCGAAGCAGGAAGUUGCAGUAGUUCGUCGGCCGAGGCGUACGAGAAGGCGAUGGAACAGAGACAGAUGCAGUACAACUGCAAGAAAGGCUCUUACCACGAUGUUUCUGCCGAUUUGGACAAAAAUGCCUUCCAGUCUUAUCCGGGAGACUGCGUCAUGAGAAAAAGCUCCAUGAGUGACAUCCAGCUCACCGAAUUGUCCCUGCAAGAUUUCAGCUCUUCACCGUCACCCAUCAAGCGUCCAGAAGGUAGAGCAGGUAAUGCGUCUCCAUUUCCUCCAGAUGUAACAGCGACCACCGCCUGUCACCAGAAGGAAGAACAAGUGAGUCCGUCGAUUCCAGAACCGCCCCCGCCCCCAAAGGGUCAACCGCCCCUCUCCUUCAACCAGACCGGGAUACUAAGGAACCACGGGCUGCCGAACACUCCCGGAACGAUGAAAAAACGCGUCCAAAUUCAAGAGAUUUCCGUAUGAUGAGCGUCAAAGUUCGUACUAUUACGUUAUAUGUUUUGUAUUUUAUAAGAAAUGUUUUAAAUAAAUAUAUAUAAAUAAUACUAAAUCAUAUCUGACUGACCGACUUUAAGCCAGUAGAUAUUAUUACAAAAUAAAUAAAUCAAAAUUAUUUUAGAUAAAUGUGUAAAUAAUGUCUAAGGGUGAUUAAUGAUUAUCGUAUGUAAUUUGACUUUAUUGUUCCGUUUUGUUCGCAAAACCGUGACCACUAUUAAAGUAUUCGCAUUUAACAAAACCGAAAUCGGUUAUUUUCAGAAUAUAUAGUUUUUAGUAACGAAAUAUGUUUUAAUGUUCGAAGAAUAAUCAUAAAUAAUCAUAACCACAUCCACGUUUGCUAUGGACAAUGAUUUACUUAGCAGUCGGGAUUGAGAGGUUCUAAUGUACCAAAAUUCAACACAUUUAACAUUCUCAGAACGUAUUUUGAUAUUUUAACGUUAUGUUUUGAAACUGACUUGUUGGUUUCACGAUUCACAAUCAAUCCCGGAAAAACGAAUUGUGAUUGAGUUGAUUAAACAGACAUUUUUAAAACCACAAGAACAGUUUAGUUUGGAGAAUAAAAUCUGGAUCCAUCUCUAUCAUCGUACCAUCUACUAUCAUCAAAGGAGUGGGGAGAAUAAUAUUUUAGCCGACUGAAAACAAAAUCCACCUUAUAGUAUUUUUCUUCCACAAAGUAAACUUAUCACAUGCACAGCUUAUUAGCGACAGGAUUUUUAUAUUAACGAAACCAAUAAAUCUUGAAAGAACAGACCCAAUGUUAAUGAAAGCUUAUUUGAAUUUCAUGAGAAGCUUCGAGUUGAGUCACAAAUUAAUUAAAGAAGACCAAGGAUGGCAAUAUAAUCAAAAUGCAGCUAAAACGAUGCAUAGAAACAACAACAAAACACGAAAUUACAUUGCAAAAAAUCAAAACUUGGACGAAUCUUCAAGGUCAGUUCAGUAACAAGUAAUGAAACCAAGGAUGGAUUUCAAAAUUAAUUUUUUCCAAAAAUCUCUAGGACGUAUUAUAAAUAUUUCGCGAAAUCUCAAAAAAAUGUUUGAAAUAUUACAUUUAAUGGAACGAUUGAUUAUUAUUAUUUUAAUAAUUUAUUAUUUUUUUAAUAAUAUUUAACUAUUAUGUAAAAAAAUAAAUCUUUCACGAAACAUUUAUAAUAAUAAAUUCUAGUAUACUUGGAACACUAAUUAUUAUACAUGAUUCUUGUAAAUAUUCAUUGCAAUCGAUAUCGAACAGAAAAAUAUAUGCGAUAUAGGGGAAAAUAGAAAUAUUAUAAGUUAUCGUUUAAAAAAUUGUCCUGAAUCAAAUUAUCUAAUAAACAGAGAACAAAUUCAACAUUUUUGAAUAGCGAGACGGGAGCCUCUCUAGUCCUCUUUUUCGAAUUUACAUAAUGUACCGAAAACUUGUAGUGGUAACAGUUUUGCCUAUACAUUUAAAAAUACAUAUUUGAAAUAUCGUUUCUGUGUCAUCAAUCAAAAAGAAUAAGAUCUGGUACUAGAUGGAGCAAAUAAACAAAAAAAAUCGUGGAAGCGAUAUGAGCUAAUAAAUUUUUUUAAUAUUUUCAUGAAA